ACUGUUUUUGAUCCAGCUCCACACUCGUUGUUCGUCUUUUCGUGGUCGCGUUUAGUUUUUCUAGAUUCGAUUGAAAAAUUUAGCCUUCCGGAGGCUCGGAAAAUCAUCUCGAAAUCGAGUUAAUUGUUUCUGAAAAUAGUGUCUUCGAUUGUGUCAAUAGUGGAAUGCAAUGUCCCGCAGUUGAUUGGGAUUUCGGAAGUGUAGAAGCGGGUUCAAUCCUCGAGUGAAAUUGAUCAUCAUUGUGGUGGCGGAGCCAUCGCAAAUCAAGGAGGAGAAUUUUUAGUGUUUCGAUACGAGCAUUGCCUUUUCCUUUAUAAGUGACCAUUUUUGCCAGCUGAAGAAUAGAAAGCAAAGAUCCUAAAAUAAAAUGAUGCAUAAUCCAUCACAAUAUUACGCCAUGGCCAAUGGGUAUCCUCCGGUGCAAGCGAAAGGUCAACCACAACAGCAGCAACAGUAUCCGCCCUCAUCACAACCGCAAGGAAUCCCGCCCCAGCAGCAACAGCAGCAGUAUCCAAUGAAAAAUGCUAUGACAAAUGGUCCUUCGCUGCCUCCACAACAACAACAACCGCAACAAAAGCAACAGUACAUUGCCCCUGGUCAAGCACUACAAAAUGGGCCUCCGAUGACACCGCAAAAUCAAUACAGUGCUCAGAUGCCACAUCAAAACAAUCGCGUAGGAAAUCUUAUUACGAAUGGUAACAGCGCAGCUUCGUCCAGAACCGCGUCACCUUCACUGGGGAACAACAACAUACCAGCGUCACAGUUGCCGCCAUCAGGAGCAAAUCGGCCACCGGGCGCAUAUCCAACGCCUUCUAGUCAAAGUCAACAGCUUAGUGCGCCAGUUACUAGUAGCUAUAAUUUGAGUCCCAGCAACAACUGGACGAGUGGGAUCAAUAGUAAUCUAAUAAAUACCCCCCCGAAGACUGCCUCGGGUCUGUCAACUCCACUGAAUGCAUCUACUCCCACUUUGGGACAGCCGCCUUCAAACGGCCCUGUAAAUAAUUUAACAGCUAGUAUGCAAAAUUUAAACGUAAAUAGAGUUCCAACGGCUCAAAUGAAUCACAUCAACGGAUCGGGUCCCGCUCAACCGCCGGUGUCUACAAACAAUUAUGCAACACAGGCACCACCAGGACAGGGACCUCCACUACGUCAGUCCGAGGUUAGUCCUGGGAACCAAAAUUUGCCACCCACAAAUGGAACUUAUGGACAGCAGACAGCGCCCCAAAUGAAUCCGAUGAAUCGUCCCAUAAACGGAAACUAUGUAACCAGUCCAUCGAUGCCACUCCAGCCACAAGGACCCAUGCCUCCGACAGCGGCCACUUCAGCUAAACCUACAAUGAACAAACGACCACUUUAUCCAACCCAACCGAUGACCGGUAACAGUUUUCCAAAUCAGCAACAGCCAACACAACAAAUUCCUGUCGUCCAACAAUUUCAACAACAACAACAACAGCAACAUCAGCAGCAGCCCCAACAGUUCCAUCAACACAGUCAUUUACCUCAUCAACACCAUCCUCAUCAACAGCAGCAGCUGCAGCAGCAACAUCAACAACAACAACAAUUACUACAUCAACAGCAACAACAACAACAACCCUACGGCAAUCCACAAUACAACGUCGUGAAGAGCGGUUUCAAUCGACUGUGGGGAAACAACACGACCGAUCUGCUCCAGAACCGGCACAUUUUGCCGACGGAGAAGGUUCGGCCGCCGGUCAUCCAUCUGAAUCACCCGUUCCAGGACGCCGUCAAUUGCAAUCCCGACAUUUUCCGCUGUACGCUAACGAAAAUUCCGGAAACUAACCAACUGCUGCAAAAAUCUCGCCUUCCAUUGGGUGUGUUAAUCCAUCCGUUCCGGGAUUUGAACAAUUUACCGGUAAUUUCGUGCAACACGAUUGUACGCUGCCGAGCCUGCCGAACCUACAUCAACCCGUUCGUUUCCUUCGUCGACAGCAAAAAAUGGAAGUGUAAUCUUUGCUAUCGGGUGAAUGAAUUGCCUGAGGAGUUCCAAUACGAUCCGGUUACAAAAACCUAUGGCGAUCCAACGAGGCGACCGGAAAUUAAGUCAAGCACAAUCGAGUUCAUCGCUCCCUCCGAGUAUAUGUUACGACCACCCCAACCAGCGAUCUACCUAUUUUUGCUGGACGUUUCCUCGCUAGCUCAACAAACGGGGUAUCUAACCACAGUUUGUAACACCCUUAUCGAACAGCUGGAUAGCUUACCAGGAGACGCCCGGACUCAGGUCGGAUUUGUUGCGUUCAACAGUGCUAUUCACUUCUACAACAUUGCUGACAGCUACAAUCAGCCACAUGAGGUUACGAUCCUGGAUGUUGAUGAUGUUUUCCUGCCAUACCCGGAUAACUUGCUGGUCAAUCUACGGGAAUGCAAGGAAUUGAUAAAGGAUCUGCUGAUCCAAUUGCCGAAACGAUUUGAGCAUGCUCACGAUACUCACAGUGCGCUUGGAGCUGCGCUUCAAGUUGCCUUCAAAUUGAUGAGUGCGUCGGGAGGUCGAGUUACGGUGUUCCAAUGCUGUCUGCCAAACUAUGGACCUGGAGCGUUACAAUCUCGAGAAGACCCCAACAACCGAUCGUCAAAAGAUGUUGCCCAUCUUGGACCAGCCACGGAUUUCUACAAACGUCUAGCCCUAGACUGUUCCGCCCAGCAGAUCGCGGUUGAUUUGUUCUUGUUAAAUAGUCAAUACUGUGAUCUAGCUACAAUCUCUGGAAUAAGUAAAUUUAGCGGAGGCUGCAUGCAUCACAUCCCUCUGUACAGUGCCUCGAAACCACAGUUGGUCAAGACGUUGCAGAAGUGUUUUGAGCGAUACCUGACCCGGAAGAUCGGGUUCGAAGCAGUCAUGCGAGUCCGGUGCACACGCGGACUGGCAAUCCACACAUUCCACGGUAACUUCUUUGUGCGGUCAACCGAUCUGCUCUCGCUACCGAACGUCAAUCCAGAUGCUGGCUUUGGAAUGCAGAUUUCAUACGAGGAAAGUUUGGCCGACUGCAAAACGGUAUGCUUCCAGGCGGCACUUCUCUACACCAGCAGUAAAGCUGAGCGAAGAAUUCGGGUACACACGCUAUGCAUACCGGUGACGGCUAGUCUUUCGGAGGUCAUGUACUCGGCCGAUUCGCAGUGCAUAGCUGGCCUGUUGGCUAAGAUGGCCGUUGAUCGUUCUCUAAGUUCCAACCUAUCAGACGCCAGAGAUGCCUUUAUCAAUGCCACUGUCGAUAUCUUCAUUGCAUUCAAGAUCGCACAGAACCUACCGCAGAAUUCCGGUUCGAUAGUGGCCCCCGAAAAUCUGUCGCUGUUACCGUUGUACAUUUUGGCUCUGCUGAAGCAUACCGCUUUCCGGGUAGGCACCAGUACGCGUCUGGACGAUCGGGUGUUUGCGAUGGGCGAGAUGAAAACGAUGCCUCUGGACCAGCUGAUCCGGUACGUGUAUCCCGACUUUUACGUGUUGGAUUGUCUGUUCCAUAGCGCUAACCAGGAAAGUAGCAUAGAUGGAGAGGCACAUCUGGUGGAGCCACCUCGGUUACAGCUGUCGGCCGAAAAAUUCGAUUCUCGGUCUAUGUUCCUGUUAGAUUGUGGCCCUCAUAUUUUCAUCUACGUAGGAUCCAACGUGGCGCCUGAAAUUCUCAACGACGUUCUAGGUGUGAAUGCUGUAUCGGAGAUUCCGGACUUCUGCAUGGAACUGCCCAGCCGGGAAACGCCAGCUAGCGAAGCACUAUUUGCAUUUAUCGACAGCAUCAACGAAGAGAAACCGUACUCUAGCUACAUUCAAGUUAUCAGAGAUACCAGCCAGUUUCGGUCGCUGUUCAGCGAAAAGUUCGUCGACGAUAGAAAUCAGAGUUCGUUGUCUUACUACGAAUUUUUGCAGCAUCUAAGAACGCAGGUAAAAUAAUGGCCGCGCCUGUCUUAGCGUAGGUAGAUAAAGAAAAACCGCAAAACAACCACUAUGAUCUAUUAUUUAUCGAACGGCGGGGCUAAGCAGGGAAAGGGGUUAAGUUUUACUAUUCGUGAAAACAGGACCUUAAGCUUGUAGCAAAUUCUGUAUCAUAAUCAACAUUUCGAGUAAAAGUUAGCUAAAUAUUGGUUGUUGAAAGUGUAUAAAGUAAAACAACAAUAAUAUAUUUAGAUAAAACAAAUAACUAGAAAACAUAUAAUUAGUAGAUGAAUCGAGGGAGCUAUUCUUCAUACUACUUUGACGACUGCAAAAUAACAACCUUCAAACGCUAAGAACCACAUUUGAUGAGCAAAUAGGACUGUUUAAAUAGAAAACAAAUAUAACCAAUUAUAAAAAGAAGCUGUAAAAAAUUUAAUACUAUGUAUGAGGCAAGGGUAAAACAAAGAAAAAACGUAAUAAAAACCUCUUUACUUGAUGCAACAUGGUGAGCCCCAUAUUUUUUUUCGGAACCGAUUUAGUGCAAACCAGUAAGCAGCAACUAAACGAAUUGUAGAUUUUUUAAUCGACUUAGAUAUGUGGGGGAAUCCGAAAGCAUAGACAGAAACGAAUGCACCAAUGCUAGUGAACUAUUUGUUCUAUUCUCAUAUUCUUAGCUAAUCUUAGAAUAGAAAUCAGAUGUUCUAAUGUUUUCAAAAACAAAUUCAUGAGUCAAAAAAGCCAGAAAUACUCCAACUUGAAACAUGUGUUUUCAAAGCCUCGGCUCUAUUUUCUAUUUCCAUAAAACAUUGUAAAGGAAAAAACUUGGUUGUCAGCUUUCACAGCAAUUUGUAUCGUAAAUAAUUUCCCCUGUGUAGCUAUCCCUUUAGCUUGUGUCAAUAUCAAUAUAAUAUUCUUGUUGUUAGUUAAUUCUUAGUCUCUUCGUUUGGUUGGCAUUUUGGUGAAACACUUAGAAUAGCGGAGGUUUCUCUGCGUAAGAGCCACUUUUGAUUGUAUUCGAAAAACCUUUCGAAAUAAACUGUAGGUAUGCAAACAGAUGUGCAGGAGUGACAAAGUAUUCGUGGGUGUAUGUUUGAUGAAUAUGUAAAAAAAUCUUAUGAAAAUAUAAGUUAUCAUGAAAUAAAAUUGAAUUGACCUCAA